CACCCGCCCCCUGAUUGGCAGAGCCCAUGUCAAUCACCUCAGCAAGUCGUCGGCGGUUGGUCUACUCUACCAUGCGUCACUUCCUCAGGUCAUUUAAAAUGGCGGCGGCAGAGCUGCGUGGAGUUUGUACUAUCCAGGCUCACGUUAGAGGCUAUUUGGUAAGAAAAAAGUUCCGAAGUCUCCGCCAGGACUAUGAAUGUAUUGUGAGAGAAAUUGAAGGGGUUACGGACAUGUUGGAAUGGGAUGGGAAAGAGUUGCCUCGACCCAGAUUUCGGAAUCAGGUUUCAGGAACAGAAGGUGUCCACAAUAUACUUCAAAGUAAAACAUCUGAAACAUUUUGCCCCAAAGCGGAAGAAAGCACUGACCAUCCACUACUUGAGAAUGAUGAACCAGUAAAGGAUUCCUGUGAAAGCACAAACCCCUCCAGCAGGCAAAGUACUCCCAGGCAGCUGGAUGCUCCUAACACUCUGAACGUAGAUACCAGUUCACAUGAACACGUACCACAUAUCGAAAGUACGGUUCCAUUUUCAGAGACAGAGCAAACAUUCUGUGCAAGUGGGGAUGAAAGGAAGGGCUCUGAUAAUUCCUCCACUGUAAUGUCAGCAUGCAAUCGUGCAGUACUGGAGAAUAUAUCCAAAGGCAACUUUAUAGGACCUCUUUGUAAAUUGCAAAGGAAAGAGAUGCCUACGUCAUUCCAGGAACUUCAGAACUACAGAAGUAGCCUUGCAAUGGAACUCUUGUGGCUACAACAAGCCAUUGUGAGCCGUAAAAAUUAUCUGAUACUGAAGCAAAAGUUGGGAGCUCCAGAAUUGGCAACAGCAUCUGAACUGUAAGAAACAAGUUGGAUAAAACUCGCUUUUUGUAGUUUUUCAUCAAUCAAUGAACUGGCUACGACGAGGGGAUACCACAGAACAGGUUCACAUGGGCAAGCACUGUAAAAAAGCACCUGCUAGAAACCUUUAACCAAGAAAAGAAAAAAGGUUUUAAGAACGCAACUUAAUGCAACCUUGUAACUGUAAUUCUAUACUUUAAAGUUUGUAAUUCUGUGUUGCAGAGUUUAAGACUAGCGGACACAGCCUCAGAAUAGAGAGAUGUCUGUUUAGAACAGAGAUGAGGAGGAAUUUCUUCAGUCGGAGCAUGGUGAAUUUGUGGAAUUUGUUGUCACAGAUGGCUGUGGAGCCCAAGUCAUUGAAGAUAUUUAAAGCAGAGGUUGAAAUGUUCUUGAUUAGUCAGGGAUUCAAAGGUUAUGGGGAAAAGGCAGGAAGAUGGGGUUGAGAGUUGUAAUAAGUCAGCCAUGAUGGAAUGGUGCAGCAGACUUAAUGGGCCGAAUGGCCUAAUUCUGCUUUGAUGUCUUAUGGUAUGUUACAGGUAGUUUGCUUCAAGAUCAUGAUUCGUUACUGGUCCUGUUAUAAUUCCAGUCAUAAUUCUACACUUCAGAAAAUAGUAUUCCUUCUAAAUUAAUAUUUGUAACUGGUUUUGUGGUCAAGGAACUGGAGCGCUUGUUGCUAAUCUUGGGCAUCCAUCCAUCCCUGCUAUGGAUAACCAGUUGUAACACUUGUCAGUCUGUCUGACAAAGUGGCUUACUUUACAGAGGAAUAACCUGCUGCUUGAUGAUGUUAUUUCUUCUGUAUUUUCUCUCAAGGUUAAUGUGUUGCUAAUUGAUGGCUGGUGUGAGGACGAAUUUAAUACAGAUAUUGUUAUAAAAGGCAAUCUAAUUUGUGGCCUUGGUUUUCUUUGGUAAGAUUCUGAUUGCUCGCUGAAGAAAGAAUUCACGGAAAAGAAGAUGGACAUUUCCCUAAGGAAAUAAAAUAAUUUAAGUGCCUGUGGUGCCUAAUUCUCCACAUUUUAUACAAGAGCAUUUCUGCACAGAAGCCUUAGUGAGCUGUUCCAGGCAAAUCCUCAAAUAAGGACCAUAAAUUUAAAUAUAUACACUGUUUUUUAUGGAAUACUGUAUAGUUUCUGUUGUUAUUUUGAAAUUUCCUGUACAGACCUUUUCCUCUUCACUUUUCUAUGAGAAAGAUUAAUAAAAAUAUAUUUUGAAAUUA